ACGAAAUGUUUGGAGAGAUCGUAGAUACUUGGACUUGAAGAAACGGAAAUAAACGUUGCAGCAGAUGAAGGAUCGGUGUGGACAAAACGGGAAAGGGAUCCCAGAUUAUAUUUUAAAACUUGUGCGCGAAGUGUAUCCAAAUACCCCGAACAUAAAAUACAUGGGACAAGUGUGGAUCUAAUGAUCAAACUCAGUUUUUGUGUGUGAAAAUUCUGUGAAAGAAAAGGAAAUUCAUAAUUUCACCACAUAAAACUCCGUAGAUGUCAUUGCGGUGUCUUCAUCUUCUCAUGCUAAAAAUAGGCCAAGUUCAAAGGUUACGAUCUCGUGAAACGAGAGCGAGACCUAAUUACCCAUAAGCCCUUCUUCAUCAUGGCCUCAUGCUAAUAACACGUACGAAUAUCGCUGGAGAUUUUUUUUGGUGAAUAUACAAAGUAAUAUGAGUAGUACUCAAUCUAAUAUCCCCAAACAACCUUCCAAAGGUUCAGGGGAUCAUGACAAACCUCCCGAAAGUGGAGCAGUCAGUCAAGUGUCCUUAAAUCUGGCCAGUACGAGCCAUGAUGACGACCACGUGGGUCCGAAGGUUAUAUCUACUAACCGGAGUACGUCGCAGGGCGUCAGUAGCGCAGGCAAACUAGAUCAGUUACCUAAAGGUUAUAGGAUUCCUAGAAAAAGGAGAAUUAACCACAGGAUUGAACAUGAUAUCUCAGACUGGUCUAACUCGAGCGAGUCAAGUUCGAGUGACAGUUCGACUGAUAGUGACGAGUGCGAUGUGGUUGAUAGUUAUCAUCCGCCUGGCACGUUUUCGGGGCCGGGUGCGGACGACUAUAUCGAACCCUCACAAAAGAGAGGUCGAUUUUCAAACGUUUGUAUCAAUAAACUUGAUAAACCCCGCUCUGAAAAUGGUCCUGUAACUGUGGCCGGUUCAGCUGAACCAGUAGAUGAAUAUGUCCCCUUUUCGAUCACACAGGCAGAAUCAGAUUCUUGGUCCUUGCCAAGCCAUCUGUCUAAUCAUCUCAAUACUCAGUUCUCUACCUUCAAAAAAGAUAAUGUGUUGAAUGAGAACAUUCUUGAUGAUCACCCCAUACCUGAUGAGCAUUGUUUGACUGCUCCCCAACUGGAUGGGUAUUUAGAUGAUCUUUUUAAAGCGCGGGACAGGUCAUUUGAGAAAAAAACAGAUUUCUCUUUGCAGUUUAUUCAAAAGAGAAUGUUAAAUGUCAUGGGUCCUUUGUCCCAUUUAUGGGGUAAUCUUGACAAAAUCAGACGCAGGGAGGCUUCACCUGAUUUAGACAUUUAUGAACUUCUUGACAUUGUAGAAAAGUCAGUCUGCCUUGUGGGACAAGCUAACUUGUCGAUCAAUUUCCACAGGCGGCUUUCAAUUUUAUCCAAACUGGUUAAGGAUCCAAAGAAAGCCAAAAAGUUGCUUUACAAGUAUGAGGGUACCUUUGCUGAUGCUAAAGGGAAGCUCUUCGGAGACCCCUUUUACAACACGCUACUCGCUGAGGUAAAGCGUAAGCAAAAGGCCAGGGAUAUUCUUGGUGGGCGGCAUUCGGCUCCUAAGAAAAAGAUUAAUUUCUUUAAAACCAGCCUUUCUCGCAGCAGCCCUUUCAUGGAGAGCCCUCAGGUAAGCCCAGUUCGUCUGGGGGCGGAUUCAGAGUUCAGGCAUCCUUCAAUCCCAGGAGAGGAGGGAAAGACCGUGGUGGCAAAAGAGGAAGAUCCUCAAGACCAUAUAGAGGACGCCAUUAGGAGGAGACCUGGCUGAAACUCCCACAUUCCAGAUGUCCAGCUUGGACCAAGAUUAUCCGUCCGGUUGCAGUCUCAGAUGAGACUGUUUUUGUAGUUCGCGUUCGCAUUCGGGUUACUUGUCACCUUAAUUUUGGACAUCCCAAAUAAAUGUUUGAUUGAAGCUCUUUUCUUAGUUGU